AUUGAUACUCGCAGAAUUGUUUCUCUUUCUGCCGCCGCGCCGGUCGUCGAUCCCCAUGGCUUCCGCCGCCGCAAAUCGCCCGCGGAAUAAGAAGAAACCUGAAUGGCCGAAGCUCCGGUACGGUAUUGGCCGCUGCAAACGCUGCCGGGAACUUGAUAAACUGAAACUGAAACCCAAGCCGGACGACAACGAUUACAUAUGGCAGGACGACGAUUUCAGGGGCGACGAAGAACUAAUGCUAAGGGUCAUUCAUUACCGGAGGACAUGCGAGGUCACCGGUGGUUUCGAUGUCGAUUGCCCUCCAUCAUCGGAGUAUGGUUGCAUCUACCGUCGAGAACAUUAUCAUCCGACUGAUCGAACGUUCGACAAGAAAGUUGAGAGGGCAGUAAAAUUUGUGGUCGACACAUACAAUCAACAAAAGGGCCAAAACUUGAUUUUACUCAGCAUUCAGAACGUAAAUGUCCGGUCUGUUAGUUGUUGGUACUCAUUCUACGUAACUUUCGAAGGCUUCCAGGAGUCUCAUCCUAAGUGGAAUGAUAAUAGUUAUGUUCAUAUUUACCAAACAGUGGUAUCCUAUGAACGUUGGCGGCCCGUCCCCAUUUAUAAAAUUGAUAUCUUCAGGAAGAGUAACUCAAUUGGCAGAGAUGAGGAUUUGCUACCACCCGAUCCCUCCGACAAAGAAAGUACAAGGGUAAAGAAAGAGUUGAUGUGGACCUUGAAUUGAAAAACCUUAUGGAGCGCUAGUUGUUGAUGCUAAUAUUGUUUUGCCUUAGCUUGUAAUGAAGUUAUUUAGUACAUUACAGUUUUUGUGAGACAAGUUUCAUGUUUUAACAUUCACUUAUAAAAUCUAUAUCAACCACAGAAUCCUAUUAAUUAUUUUGAGUACAUUUAUGCAAAU